AAAUAAAACAAAAAUAAACAUAAAAAAAUAUGUCUUAUAAUAAUAUUAAAAAUAUUAUUGCAAUAAAGUUCGAUAUAAAGGAUGUUUCUAAAACAGGAGGACGUUCUAAACUAUUAUAUAGCUGGUAAUUCUUAAUAAACUAAAACAGAAAUUAAAUAGAUUUAGCUUAUUCAAUAAAAACUGGAAAAUAUAGAUUAUUCUUUAAUAAAAUACUAAUAUAAGAACUAAGAAAAUAAAAGAAUUCAAAAGAAUACUACUAAUAAUUUUAAACAUAAGAUAUUUAAUUUUUAAUAAAAUAAACAUGUGAAUUUGGAUUUGAGAUAUUUAUAAAUGGCUUAUCUUUUUAAUAAAUAUAAGAACAGGAGUCAAAUAAUGAAUAAAAAAAAAAAAAUAUAUAAGAAAAUGAAAAUUAAAAAUAACAUGAAAUUAAUUUCGAUUAGGCUACAUUUUAUUCAUUUAUAAAUAAUCAAUCCAAUUAAAUAAAUAAUUUAGGUAUUAUAGAUGAUCUAAUUGAUUUUCCUGAAACAAAUUAAAUUAAUAAUAAAUAUAAAAUAGAAGAUUUGAUAGAAUUCGAAGAAUAAAAUAGUGAUACAAAUGAAAUAACUACCAUAUAAGAUAACAUAUAAGCAUAAAACAAUGAAUAGAAUAAUAAACUAAUAAUAAAUAAUUAAAAAAAAGACUCAAAAGAUAAUAAUAUAAAUGUUAUAGAUGAAUUAAUUAAUAUUUCUGAUACAAAUUAAACAAAUAAAAAAAUAAAACAGAUGAUUUAAUAGAAUUCGAUGAAUAAAAUAAUCAUACAAAUAAAAUAUUAACUAUAAAAGAUAACAAAUAAGAAUAAAACAAUAAAUAAAAUAACGAAAUAAUAUAAUAAAAUUAAAAAAAUGAUUCAUAAGAAAAUAAAGAUAAACAUAAUAUAAUAAAUAUAUGUGAUAUCAUGGGUUAAUAAACAGACGAUAAAUAAGACAUAAAUAAAAUAUAAAUAAAUUUAUAAAAAAAUGAAUAAUCAAAUGUAUAAUAAUAAACUGAAAAUAUAAAACUAUAAUAAGCAUAAAAUAAUAACGAAUAAAUAAAAGAUUUUAAUAAUUUUUAAACGUAAUAUAUAUAAAAUUUUUAAAAAUAUGAUAUAUAAUAUAUAUAAAUAUAUAUAUAGUAGUAUAUAUAACACAUAAUUUAACACUAAUAUGAGCUUAUUUUCAAUGUUAGAUAUUUAAGCAGAAUAAAUAAACGAAUAACUUCAAAAAUAAGAAUUUAAAUAAAAAAAAAACGAUCCUUUUUCUAAUAUAAAAACAGAAAUAUGA